UCUGGAGUCCAAGAGAUCCCCCUUGAUCAGAUCAGCUGUCUCUGCUGGUUUUGCUAGCCCAUUCUUUGCCAAUGUGGUCAUUUCUGCUCUCUCAUUCUGUCACUGGGUUCCAUGGGUUCAGCUCCGUGUUUAGCUGUGUGUGUUUGCCUCUGCUUCCAUCAGUCACAGCAUGAAGGCUCUAGGAUUGCAUAUAAGGUAAAUAUCAAGUUCAUUAACUGGAAUUGGCAUUUAAGGUAGCCUCUACACUAUUGUUUAGCUUGCCAGUUGAUGCCAUCCUUGUACAUCGCUAGAGGUCGCACUGGUGGCAGAUCUUCCUUCAAACUUAUAGUGACUAAGUCUACUGUGGUAUUUUUGAUUAUGGUUAAUAAAACUGGUUAAUUAUGCCAGCCUGUGUAAAAAAAGGUAAUGUGUUAAGAUGGGGUCGAGGGUAUGCCUAUGUUUCCACAAGAGAUAAAAGACUCUGAACACCAUCAGAACUGACAAAAUCUGUCAUGAGAAAGAGCAAUCUCUUGGAUGUUUAAGCUGCUGAGAUGCCUCAGGGAAAGAAAAGAUAGGGAAGGCCUUUGCAGCAGACAGCCAAUCCACACAACUGGGGCCAGCAUAGCACAUAGCAUCUUUGUGACAAUAGAGAGAGGCACACACUUGAGUCUCUCAGAAACUUUGGAAUGCUACAACCUUGUACGUGGCUAUGCUACAGGUGGAGUCUGUGUCAAAAACAGGGACAGAUCAUAGUUACUGGGCCUGUAUUCCCAAUCAUCCAAUUAGCUCAAUGGUUAAGUUGGACAGAUAUGGAUAACCCUGUGUUGGUUAAUGAGUCUUCUUGUCUACCUGGUCAUUAUGAAAAGUGAGGUCCUGCUCAGCCAAUGGAGGAGGGUACAGAGAUCAAAAAUUACACUUUAGGAGUGCAAGGAAUUCCUAUUUGUAUGGUAAAUUGAAUUCAGUGCCUAAACAUAACCAUUCUAAUAUGUAUUCAGUAGUAACAUGAUCAUCAUUUUAAGUUUUAUAUAUGUUAUGCAACUGGUUUUUAAGGACAUGGGAUUAAUGCUGCUAGUUCUGCAAAUCUCUUCUGUUGUUUAUGGGUUACCAGUAAGGAAUCUGACUGGGUACAUUAGCAACAAUUUAAGAGAGAGAAACCUGGAGUGCUAAUUAAUAUUUCUCAUGGAGACAGUAUUGACUAGAGCCCUCAUGGCUUCCUUAGAGGAAAAUUUUCUCACUUAGAGAAGAUGAUGAUGGUAUAAACUAUAUGUGUGUAAUAAACUAGGUUUUCUCUUCUGUUCAAGUUGAACUCACCUGCAGGGUAAAAUAUUCACAUUAACCAUCAAGCCAUUCAAGGUUGUUGUGUAAUCCACUCUGCUAAGUAGGUAGAUACAUAGUGAAGGCAUAGAGAAUGAGGAAAGCAGAUGAGAGAAAAUACAGUAUUGAGCACACAAAACCCCCAAAACUGUAGUUAUGACUAUAGACUGUUAAUCUAUAGGAAAAUUACUCAGUCAUUGUGCUCUUUGUUGUAUGGUUCUCAGAAAGGAGAAGGACAUGGGGGAGGUGAAAGGUUGUUAAAAGAGCUGUGCUUGGAUGGGAGAUAUUUAAACCCCUCCUAAGAGCAAAUCUUAAUGUUGCUUUUAGAUUGCUGCAUGUAACUCAGGAAAACAUCAAUAUAAAGCUCAUGUAUCCUUAAUUAGAACAACUCAAAGGCUUCAGUCUCUCCCUCUAUGUACAGAGAGAGAGAAUGUGGUGUGGAGGUCUUGGGGUGUUAUAAUACAGAACAGGGGAGACUUUCAAGAUGCAAGUUUCUAUCUGCUUGUUAUUUCACUUAAGCAUCAAAGAAUCGGGUUUUGUAUGUGCUUCUACUUACCAGGAGAUUCCAUGGGUGAUAUUCCUUCAAGUCAACUUUCCUGUCCAAGAAUUUUAGCUCCAUCUGAGGCUUUGGGGAACAGGAAUAAUGAUUCCCAAUUACACAUGUAGAAGACAGAAGAAUGUUGCUGCUCUACUUACAGGAGCAACAUGGACAGCAUCUGCACAUAUUGGGAGACUGUUGAGUCUCUACAAAUAUCCACAGGUUUCUUUUGGGUCAUUUGACACUAUCCUGAGUGACAGACGCCAGUUCUCUUCGCUCUAUCAGACAGCACACAAGGACACGUCUCUGCCACAUGGCAUUGUCCUUUUGAUGCUGCAUUUCAACUGGACAUGGGUAGGACUGGUUAUCAUGGAUGACCACAAUGUGGCUGAGAUUCUCUCAGAUCUGAGAGGAGAGAUGGACAAGAACCAAGUGUGUAUAGCUUUUGUAGAAAUGAUUCCAGACAAUGUGUCUACCUUUAUUUUUAAUUCUGUAACAAAUUCCCAGAUCAUGAUAUCAACUGCAAACGUGGUUAUCAUUUAUGCUGACAAUGAAUAUUUAAGUGGUUUAAUCUUAUAUAUAGAUUACUAUUUAGUAAAUUGGAUAAUCUGGGUCAUGAAGUCACAAUGGGAUCUAAGUGUUGGUAAAUUUAUUUUCAUGUUGGAUUCAUUACACGGGAGUCUCAUUUUUGCACAUCAUCAUGUUGAGUUUUCUGAUUUUAGGAAGUUUAUUCAGACAUACAACCCUUUCAAAUACCCAGAUGACCAUUAUCUUGCCCUUGCUUGGAAUAAACACUUCAAUUGCUCCUUUUCUGGACCUGAUUGCAAAAUUCUUGAUAACUGUCUACCCAAUGUUUCCUUGGAAAUGUUGCCUAGAAACACCUGGGAAAUGGACAUGAGUGAAGAGAGUUACAAUGUAUUCAAUGCUGUAUAUGCUGUGGCUCACAGUCUCCAUGAAAUGAUCAUCAACCUAGUGCAAAAUAGACCCCAAGGGAAUGGGGAGGUAUAUACUAACCCAUGGGAGGUAAUUUUCACUUUUUAUAUUUUAAGAAUAGUACUGUGAAAAAGUAAGAUUUUAUUUUUUAUUUAAAUUAGAAACAAGUUUGCUUCACAUGUCAAUCCCAGCCACUCUCCAUCCCCUGACCCCACCAAACCACCCACUCCUAAGAACAAAGCCCCCUGAGCUCCCCAGGGUGUGUGAGGCCAUCCAUGGAGGAUAUCCAAAGUCUAUUAUAUCAUCCAGGGCAGGGCCUAGGCCCUCACUCAUGUGUAAAGCCUGCGACAGCAUCCCUCCAUGUGGAAUGGGCUCCCAAAAUCCAU